UGUGUUACACAGCAAACUAAACACAACUUGCGGUCGUGUCGUUGGAUUUAAUCACCAAUUAACAGAACAGAAAAAACUUAACCAACUAAAUAUCCACCCGCUGUUCAGGACACAAACAUUCCAUCAGCCAGUCAUUGACAUAUAUCAUGGAAUCCAAUUGAGUUCAGCUUUCGUCCUGAUAUAAAAGCGCCGGCAAAACGAGCGAUUGCAAACAGUUGGGCAUUGGGAGUGGGUCAGAAUGCAUGUCCAGGAAUUGCUCUUCGUGGCCGCGGUCCUAGUGCCCCAGUGCCUCAGGGCGUUACGCUACAGCCAGGGUACUGGAGAUGAGAACUGUGAAACCCUGAAAUCGGAGAUCCACUUGAUCAAGGAGGAGUUCGACGAGCUGGGAAGAAUGCAGAGGACCUGCAAUGCCGACGUCAUCGUGAACAAAUGCGAGGGAUUGUGUAAUAGUCAGGUGCAGCCAUCGGUAAUAACGCCAACGGGGUUUCUGAAAGAGUGCUAUUGCUGCCGCGAAAGCUUCCUCAAGGAAAAGGUCAUCACUUUAACCCAUUGCUAUGAUCCGGAUGGCACUCGUCUGAGCUCUCCGGAAAUGGGCAGCAUGGAUAUACGUCUUCGUGAGCCAACCGAAUGCAAGUGUUUCAAAUGCGGCGAUUUUACACGUUAAUGUCCCCAUAUGCGAUAUAAAUUUAUAAAGAAUAUAAAUCAAGCCAUUCAAAAAUGUGUCUUUUUUUACGGCAAUUUUUUUAUAGAGUCUACAAUUUUGUCAUUGAUAUGUAUU